AUGUGUACUUGACUUGAGCCAAACAAACCAAAGCUGCUCAUCUGUCAACGCUCUCACCAACCAACCCAACCGGCCAUAUAGACGCAGGACGUGGAACCUGCGGAGACCUCACUUCCAGGGCUUCGCCUUCCCGACCCACGCCCUGACACGCCUAUGGCCGGCUCCGGCGCCAGCGACGACGAGGUCGUCUUCGAGGUUGAGCACUGCAUCCGUGUCUUCAAGAGCGGCCGCGUCGAGCGCUACUUCGGCUCUGACCCCGUCCCGGCGUCCACCGACGCCGCCACGGGCGUCGCGUCGAAAGACCGCAGCAUCUCCGCCGACGUUGCCGUCCGCCUCUACCUCCCUCCGGGAUCCAAAGAGACCGGAGACGAGCACGGCAGAAGGAAGAAGUUUCCAGUCCUCGUUUACUACCACGGCGGCGGCUUCUGUCUCCACACCGCGUUCAACGCCAUCUUCCACGCGUACCUCAACUCCCUCGCCGUGCGCACCCGCGCCGUCGUUGUCUCCGUCGAGUACCGCCUCGCGCCCGAGCACCCUCUCCCCGCCGCAUACGAGGACUCCUGGCUGGCGCUCUGCUGGGUCGCCUCCCACGCAACUGGACCCGGCGAGGAGCCCUGGCUCGCCGACCACGCCGACUUCUCCCGCCUCUGCCUCGCCGGCGAGAGCGCCGGCGCCAACAUCGCGCACCACAUGGCGAUGCGCGCCGGCGCUGAGCCUCUCCCCCACGGCGCCACGAUCAGCGGCGUCGCCCUGGUCCACCCAUACUUCCUGGGCGAGGGCAGGGUGCCCUCGGAGGAGAACGACCCCGCGAUGGCCGAGAACGUGGUGACCAUGUGGCGCGUAGUCUGCCCCUCGACCACGGGCGUCGACGACCCCUGGAUCCACCCGCUCGCGGCGGGCGCCCCGGCGAUGGACGUGCUGGCGUGCGGGCGCGUGCUCGUGUGCCUCGCGGAGAAGGACGUGGUCCGCGACCGCGGCCGCGCGUACGGCGAGGGCCUCAGGUCGAGCGGGUGGGCCGGGGAGGUGGAGGUCCUCGAGGUGCGCGGGCAGGGACACUGCUUCCACCUCGUCGACUUCGUGUGCGCCGACGCCGUCACGCAGGACGACGCCAUUGCCAGGUUUGUCAACCUAUAGAACCCGUGUCCUCGUGGGUGGCUUUGCAAUGUGCCAUUGAGCACGAAUUCUUGCCACCGCCUGAAAACCUGCGGCUGAAGAAAUCUUGCGCUGAGGCUGAAAUCGUGUUUGUCUUUGAAGGAACAAAUUCGUGUUGUUAUUGCUGAUUCAUUCGGAUGAGAAUUUUGGAU